AUGCAUCAACACCAACCAGCGAUACAGCCCACCUUUGACUCGCAAACGCAGUAUAAUCUGCAAGCUACUGAGGACAUCGACGAGUACCACGAUGAGCUAGGCAAGAAGAAUCGUCCACCUCCAAUACCGACGCGUCCAGACUAUCGACCUAAACCACUGCAAUGGCCUUUCAUCGUAUGCAUGAUUCUCGUCCUCUCCAUCUUGGUGGGGUUGGUGAUAUAUGCUCAGAAUACGAUGCCAAAUUCAGACAGCACAGCAGUUAUUGAGCCGCGCAAUUACCUGGAUUCACGGCAGGAGUCCAGUUCUAUCAGCGAGAAGUCCUCAAGUCCAAGUGGUUCAGCACAGGACCUAUCGUCUUCAGACUCUGGUCCGUCUUCUGGUAUACAGCUGUCGAAGAUCAUCCAAACUAGUAAUGCCGAUCUCCCGACGACUCCUGGGCCUGGGAGAUCUCCUGCUUCGAAGUCAACUUCAGCGGCUCCUGUUACCAGAUCAUCGUCAGAAAAAGCAUCUAGUGUAGCUUUUGUGGUAUCAACGCAGCAAGAACAAUCUCCCACUGGUCGACAAGAGAGGGCACAAGUCACAACCACCACCUCGGCAUCAGGAAGUGAGGCACAGAGCCCGACCGUCUCCGGUCCGCCCUCAUCUGCGCCAUCUGACGAACUUCCUACCGGGACUACUACGGCUACAGAUGAUCCAAAUUCAGUGGCAACAUCAUCAUCAUCACCAGGCACUUUGAGAUCUAAUGAUAUCCAGAGUAAAGAACAUAAUCCAACUUCAGGGCCAACAUCGUCAUCAUCACCAGGCACUACGAGAUUCAAUGAUCUUCAGAGUAAAGAAGUUGACUCUAUUCUGUCUUCACCGUUAACAACCAGAAGACCGGAAAGUUCAGACAAGAUUAAAGACAUAACGGAUUCGACAGUAAGCGGCAAAGAAGCCAGCUUGAUUUCCUCCUCUGGCGGUUCGAACCAUCCCAAAGCUCCUGUCACUAGUGUCGCAUCAUCUUCCAGCUCAUCAUCGUUGGAGCCCAUCGGAAACGACAAGGUGUUUUCCAUCAUCAAGUCCGAGUUCACUUCUACAGUCACAAGACCUGGAUCCACUUUCCAGUACACAACAUCCAUCGUAGGCAGUACUCUGUGGAGCUAUUCGACGACUGUUGAAACAACAAUUCCCGGAAGUACUGGCGAGAAAACGUAUACACGAGUGAUCACAACUGCGACGCAGAGGUCGGUCACGAGAACCUUGGCAAGUAGCAACGUGGUUAUGACCACGACAAUACCUGUGCAAACCACCCAAACAGAUGUUAUCAGCGACGAAAAAACAACCUACUACCAGACGACAACCAAGACAAUUGGUCGUGUGACAACCUCAACCUCGGCUGCACCAGCCUCGACAAUCGUCGAAGUCACAAAUGAAGUGGGAGAGGCGACCAUAACCUCAACGGCCCAGUUCACAUCGCCGGCAAGGGUCAGCACCUACAGCUCUGUUGUUGUUUCUGCCGUGCCGACGACUAUUGCAAGUGUAGCUACCUCGACUGCGGCGGGGGUAGUGUACGUAUCCGUAGGAACAACCGAAAUUACCAAAGUUGUUACCAUUCCUGGAGGGUCGCGAGGCCAGCAGAGCGAGCAGCCUAACCCAGUCACACAACUCAUCACCAGUGUGUUUGACGGGAAGGUUGUGACAAUUGUGGAAACGGGGAAACCUAAGGUUUUGGUGACCAAUGCUGGAGGUGUUUUUACUGGCGUUUAUAUGCCACCUGCGGAGACGGUCGAGACGAGGAUAGGGGGCGAAGAGACGCAGAUGGUAAUCACAGUCACUCCGUCUCUGGAUGUAGGCCUGUUUGCCGUCCAGACGACCAUUGCUGGAAAGCCUACGGUGUUGCUGAUUCAGUCUACAAACGCCGCAGGCUUCAAGCCGGUGUCUUUGACUCUUGUGUCCCAAGUCGGCGGCAGUACUGCCGUCUUCACAACCACCGACGCCCCAGAGAUCAUCAGGACAACCAUUGAUGGCAAGGAGACUUUGACAACUAGAACACCGGCUCCGAGGGAGUUUACUUCUGUAAUUGGAGGGACGCCAACCACAAUCGCGAUGGUGACGACGCCGACUGGGAGCACGCCUUUGUCGUUUACAGUGAUCACGACGAUCGGAGGCUCUUUGAGCACGGUCAUAUCAACUCCGAGCCCCACCACAUUCGUCACUUCAAUAUCGGGCAAGCUCAGUACGAUCACAUCCACUCCGAAGCCUAGUACACGAGUGUCCACUAUUGGCCCCUCCACGGCGGUAUUCACCUCGGUUUCCCAUCCAGGGUCGACGAGCAAACCCGAUACCGUCAUAACCGAAGUCGAGAAGUUCGCCUUCACCGAUGGCGAUUACUUCCUCGGCAAGUUCCUUCCGGUGAUUCUGGCCGUCAUGAUUGCAAUUCCUCUCCGAAUUAUUGAUCUCAACGCGAAGUUAUAUCAGCCUUUCCACGCAUUAUCUCAAGAAGGAGGUGCACUCGGGAAGAAUAGCAUGACCAUUCAGUUCGAAGGCUGGAAUGGGUUUUUGGCUCCUUUUAAGGUUCUCAGGCAAGGUCAUCCGGUCCCUUUCAUCACCACACUGAUGGUAUGGUCAUCGUCUCUCCUGGCACCCUUAGCAACUGAGGCGAUUGGGAUGAAACUACAUGGCAAAUGCAAAAUCACCGCCAUCGACGGCUGCGGCAUUCAGCUAGGCGUCUCCCCAAAAUUAGCCUAUAUCUUGAUCGCGUUGCUCGUUCUCAUCGUCGCUCUCCUGCUGGUUCUCCUGUACCUCCUUCGCAGCUAG